AUGGGGAACUCGAGUAGUUCACAAAAGAUCUCUGCCCAGGAUCGGGCAAUCCUCGAUCUAAAAAACCAACGCGACAAACUUCACCAAUACCAACGAAAAAUAACAGUCCUAACAGAUCGCGAAACAGCAAUCGCAAAGGAAUGUCUAGCACGCAACGAUAAACGCCUAGCUCUCCUCGCCCUCCGACGCAAGAAAUACCAAGAAUCCCUCCUAGCAAAAACAGACAGCCAACUCGCGCAGCUGGAGCAACUAACAGGCGAUGUGGAGUUCGCGCUCGUGCAGAAGGACGUCAUGUACGGAUUGCAGCAGGGAACUGCUGUUUUGAGCACUAUCCACAAGGAGAUGGGCGGGAUUGAAGGGGUUGAGAGGCUGAUGGGGCAGACAGAGGAUGCCAGGGCCUAUCAGGAGGAGGUGAGUCAGAUGUUGGCGGGUCAUUUGACGAAUCAAGAUGAGGAUGAGGUUGAAGAUGAAUUGGAGGCCUUGCAGCGGGAGCUUGCUGGGCCUGUUGUGUUGCCUAGUCCGCCUACUGCUGUUCCUGUUCCUGUCGAGGCGGAGGCUGAGCCUGAGGUCCAGUCUGGCCGCGAGAGGAGGGAGCCUCAGGCUGAGACGAGGACGGCGUUGCCUGCUUAA